ACUCCUUUUACAAUCCCGGAAGUAAAGUCAACGGCCCACCUGAUCUUGAAACAAUAUCAGAUUUCGUACACAGGAUGAAUGAAGACAACCAGAGUUUGCUGGUUUCGUUCUCUGCGGUAUAGCCCGAGAUUUGUGUAUAUAUCUAAUUCAGUCUACGCGUUCUAUUUAGGCUCUGUGCAGGUCAGGAGCAGAACACUUGCUGUCGUCGGAUAGCCUAAUCUCGGAACCGUGAAGGAUUUUCAUUGCCGACUAAUCCAGUGAAUAUACUAUCCACCAUCCGAUAUAAUCGUUUUGAAUCGUAUAUGAUUACGGUGUCCCAUCUAAUAUUUCGUUUUGACAAAUUUCCCACCGAAUUAUGUUUGAUGUUAAUAUUACCAUAGACUGCAUUUAAAUACAUUUAACAAAUGCACUUUUAAAAAUGAUGGAUCUGUAUCUGCAACACUGCAAUACUAUCAACGCUUUCGGCUCAACCAUCGCAAAGCCUGCAAGGAUACACUUGAGGUAGCCUGAACAACAGAGGCGAUGCCGGUCGAUAUCGAGUACAGCCCGGUUGGCGAGGGGCUGGUCAUGAGCGAGUUCUGGCUUUACGUGUGGAUGCGAAGAGUCUCGGUCAUCGCUGCGCAUGUCAUUGCCUUGGGUCUGACCAUUCUGAUUUCGCUACUGUCCCGUCCUGGAACAAGUCUCUUCUCAUGGCAUCCAGUGUGCAUGUCCAUCGCUUACUGCCUGUGCAUGACCGAGGGCAUCCUCCUCUUCUCAGCCGAAGGAAACACCUUCUGUUUCAAGUCACGCAAGGGCAAAGUCCGCCUGCACUGGUUUCUCCAAGCCCUGGUCCUGGUGGCAGCCACCACGGGCGUGGGCUUCAUGAUCGCCAGCAAGAACGUCUCAGAGCGCCCCCAUCUGGCCACCUGGCAUAGCCUUCUGGGGGUGGGGACACUGGCGGCCACCUUGCUCCAAGCCGCCUGUGGCAUCUGCCUUCUCUUACCUAAACUUAGGGUAGCGUCUCCACCCAGGCUGAAGCUCUACCAUGCCACCUGUGGGUUGGUGGUGUAUCUCCUGGCGACGGUUACUGUGGUCGCAGCAGUGUUCACUGAUUGGUUCCAGGCCACGGUGAAAGGGUUGGUGUGGUAUGCCUUUGUGCUGCUCCCGCUAUUUCCAGGACUGGUGGUGAUGAAUCAGAUUACGAAUGCUUAUCUGCCUCGCAAGAAGAUCACUACAUAGGUGGACACCUUGGGAAGAGACAUCUGUCACUAUAUUUUGAAGUGGAUGGUGAUAUAGGCAACUACUUCUGUUAAAAAGGAUGAAUGAUGACUUAGUUGCAGAAGUUUGUUGAAAAAUUCAUACUUGCAACUCAGACGCACCAUGUGUACACACAUUUAAGGCAGCUCUGACAUUUACAAAAAAGCUAACAUACAGCCUGUUACACACACACCUGCACACAGUACAUAGUGUACUAAACAAAAAGCUGUAGCUGGCUCUGGAUGCACUUCUACAUAAAUACCAGGGUGUGGGGAUCCAGAGGAACUUGUAUGGCUAACCUGUCCUAUGAGAUCAUAGAAAAAUAUGCACUGGAACACAUUGAAUUGUAACUGAAGUCAAGUCUUCUGCUCCACCUGUUACCUCAGAGGCCAUUUUGCACAAUUCAAGCAAACAAAAGAGGGGCACUGUAUACAGUAACAAGACUGGUUUUCCCUAAAACAGGGCAUCAUGUUAUGUUUUCAGUUUGAAUCUCUGGGGAAAACAGAGAUUACCAGUGUUUUUUAGUGUGUGUGUCUUUAAAAUGUGGACUUGGCGUCAACUGCAAAUGUCUUUCCAGAGAUUAGCAGAAGAGUAAUUUAGCCACCCGAGCUAAAGGAACUAGACACCCACAGGCUCUAUUAAGCAGAGAAAUAUGUCCUUUAUCCCAAAAUAUUUAGUGGGUGCCCAAGUCUACUUUAAACUAGCUACCACCUUUCUUUGUAAACAUUUUAUUCUUUGUGACAACCAACACUGUCAGGUAUUAGCCUUCUCCCAGCAAAGACGUAUCCUUAGCCAGACCUAUUUUACUAAGAAAUCCCUCGCCUCUUGCACUAGGAUCUAUUGGAUGUAUUGUGCCUAUGAGCUGUCAGCACAACACCUUGGUUUCUCUC